CUCCAUUGAAAAAGUCCCCUUGACGACAAAGUCACCAAUGCUUCUCUCAUAUGUAUAUAUACAUCUUUCCACUCUCUCUUCUCUACUCAAAUCAAAUCCUCAACCAUCUUCUUCUUCCUUAGCUUCUCUAUUUUCUUAAGUCUUUUUAAAGUUUUAUCAAUGGCCACUCCUAACGAAGUAUCUGCACUUUGGUUCAUCGAGAAACACCUACUCGACGAGACUUCACCGGUGGCUACAGACCCAUGGAUGAAGAAGGAAUCAUCAGCAACGGAAUCUAGCUCCGUUUCUUCUUCUAUGCUCUUCCAAUCAUCAUCGUCUUCUUUCUCUCCAAAUGAUUUCUCUGAAUAUGAAUGCAAACCGGAAAUCAUUGAUCUCGAUACACCGAGAUUCAUGGAUUUUAUAUCGAUUCCAUUUGAAUUUGACUCCGAAAUUUCAAAUCAAAAUCAAGUUGAACCGGAGAUUCAAUCUCAAAUUCGUAAACCGCCAUUGAAAAUCUCGCUUCCAGCUAAAACAGAGUGGAUCCAAUUCGCACCUGAAAUUACCAAACCGGAAGUUACUAAACCGGUUUCAGAAGAAGAGAAGAAGCAUUACAGAGGAGUGAGACAAAGACCGUGGGGGAAAUUCGCGGCGGAGAUUCGUGACCCGAAUAAACGUGGAUCUCGCGUUUGGCUUGGAACGUUUGAUACAGCGAUUGAAGCGGCAAGAGCUUAUGAUGAAGCAGCGUUUAGACUUCGAGGAUCGAAAGCGAUUUUGAAUUUCCCUCUUGAAGUUGGGAAGUGGAAACCACGCGCCGAUGAAGGUGAGAAGAAACGGAAGAGAGACAACGAUGAAGAUGAGAAAGUGACUGUGGUUGAGAAAGUGUUGAAGACGGAACAGAGCGUCGACGUUAACGGUGGAGAGACGUUUCCGUUUGUAACGUCGAAUUUAACGGAGUUAUGUGACUGGGACUUAACGGGGUUUCUUAACUUUCCGCUUCUGUCUCCGUUAUCUCCUCAUCCAUCGUUUGGUUAUUCUCAGUUGACCGUUGUUUGAUUUUUUUUUUUAGUUUUGGCUAUGUGUAUGCUGACGUGGACUUAUGGUACACGUAGGUGCAUGCGAUUAGAAAAAAAUAUAUAUAUAUUUGUUCAUAUUUUUGCUUAUUUCUAUUUGUUCAUUCUUUUUCACAAAUCACAAUACAUUCUUUCAGUUAAUGGUCA